AUCUAAAACUUAUAAAUUAUCAAAUGAGAGAAUACGUGUCACUGUACUAAAUUUCAUUUGUGUGUAUGAUCGAUUUUCUGUUUUCCCGUCUCUCAAUCUCUGUCACUUGCCAAACGGAAGAGCCCACACCCACCACUUCUUUGUUGCAAUAUUAUAAAUAUAAAAGAAGGAACUCAUCUACCUAAAAAAGAAGGAACUCCGUAGGAGUGUACAGAUUUGUCGGUGAACUUAGAUUUUGUCAGUGCAUCGACGAACAAUCUUCCGGCCAGGUUUCUUUUCUACGUGCUACCGGCGACCGAUAAUGGAAGAGGCCAAUAACAACAACAAGAGAAGGCCGGUGGAGGGCAGAGAGAGGGCGCCGUACAAGGGGAUAAGGAUGAGGAAGUGGGGCAAGUGGGUGGCCGAGAUUCGCGAGCCCAACAAGCGGUCCCGGAUAUGGCUCGGCUCCUACUCCACCCCCAUGGCAGCUGCCCGCGCCUACGACACCGCCGUCUUCUACCUCCGCGGCCCCUCCGCCAGGGUCAACUUCCCGGAGCUCCUCGUGGCGCUGGCUGCGGAGGACGGCGGCCUCGAAGGAGCAGGAGCCGGAGGAGACCUUUCGGCCGCCUUCAUUAGGAAAAAGGCUGCGGAGGUCGGGGCGCGCGUGGAUGCCGCGCUGGUUAGCGGAGGCCACCAGAUGGUGAUGAAGAGCGCAGCCGCAGGCCCCGCCACCCACGGGCUAAGGCCCUGCGGCGGCGGGUUUCUCCAGAGAGUUGAUCUCAACAAGUUGCCAGACGACGACGGCUGCGAGUCGACCGAGAGCUAGCUAUAGCUGGCAAGGCUGUCCGAGGACCCCGCCACUUCCAUCCGUUUGUUUUGUCAUUUGGAGCACAACAGUGCGCAGGUAAUGAAUGGAAGGUGAUGUCGACGCACACCAGACCGGUGUGCCCGGAAACAAUCCCAUUGGAUGGUGUGGGUCCCACAUGUUCGGGACAGCGCAAGGUCAUGUGGUGGUCGUUGCUAACAUGCGCAAGGGGGAGAACGAAGAGAAGAGAGGAGUAAUUCUGCGGCGGCGGUGGCUGAAAAAACGAUGAGGCCUCCUUAGUGGGUGGGUUAGAGUACUCUUUUUUUUUUUUUUCCCGGUGGAGGGGUUCCCCCCGCCAUAUGUCUUUAGUUAUUUUCUUCCUUAUUUAUUUUUCCUAAUUUUGGAAUUUGAUCAAGAAAUUUUGACCAAAUUAUUGUUGUAGGAAAAGUAAAGGUAAAUACCCCAGCCGAUAUUCUUCUUAA